AUGACACAGCAAGAACAUUUUGAGGAUUUGCUCCAGAUUCUUUGCACUGGAUCGCAGAAGUUGGGUGAUGUGAAAGAGUCACUGAGUGCUCUCGAUCUUGCGGAGCUCUAUGCGGAAACACUAUUUAAAGCAAAGUGUGAGCCCUCUGAGAAAAUUUUUGAUCAACUUUAUACGAUGCUUCUACAGCUCUGUGAUCCUAAAUUCCCCGUCCCUAAUGCGGAUUCUCUGAACAAGUUCAUUUCAACAUGUGUGAAAUGGUCUCAAAUUGUUGCAAGCAGGCGUCGUGAGCGGAAACAUGGGCUUAGUGAGUUACACUAUGUGAUUGCCCGAGCAUUUUCACACCACCAUAAUUACGUGAAUGCACGAAAUCAUAUGCUCUUCGCUGAUCAUCCUGAGGAAUUCGCUAAGCUCUUGCACACUAUUCGUGAAGAAGGAGGUAGUAAAUCGUCUGAAGCUGAAAUAUUCUGUGUCCUUCCUUGUCUACAGGUGUGUUUU